UGAAUGAACAGUACAAGGAAAAAAUGUCAGAAGUAACAGCUUUUGUCAGUGAAGAAAUGAAAAAUUUGGCUCGACCAAUCCAGGAUUUGGAUGACGUUAGAUUUGCUAUGGAGUCUCUAGCAGAAAUACGAAAUAAUGAAAUAAAAUUGGAUAUGACUCUGGCACCUAUUGAGGAAGCAUAUAGUAUCCUGAAUAAGUACGAAGUGGAGAUUUCAAAGGAGGAAGCUGAGGGGGCUGACACACUUCGGUACUUCUUCAACAAACUGCAAGUUAGAGCUAGAAAUGUACAAGAUGAUCUGGUACAAGUCCAGCCCAAAUUUAAGGCUGACCUGCUAGAGGCAGUGGAUCUUUUCCAGAAGGAAGUGCUCAAAUAUGGACGACAGUAUGAAAAGGAAGGUCCUAUGGUUCCAGGCAUUGCACCCGCAGAAGCCAGUACCAGAUUGCAAAUCUUUCAGAGCUGGUUUGGUGAGCUAUGGAGGAAGUUUGAAACAUAUUCGUCAGGAGAACGUUUAUUUGGAUUACCUAUUCAAGAUUAUGAAAUACUGCAGAAAAAUAAAAAGGAGCUGGGACUUCUGCAGAAAUUGUAUGGUCUUUACGAUGCAGUGAUGUAUAAAAUUAAUGGUUACUAUGACAUUCUGUGGAAUGAACUGGACAUUGAGAAGAUUAAUGCUGAGCUUUUGGAGUUUCAGAACAGGUGCCGAAGGCUGCCCAAAGCCUUGAAGGAGUGGCAGGCAUUUCUGGAUCUGAAGAAGAAAAUAGAUGAUUUUAGUGAAUCAUGUCCUCUCCUAGAAAUGAUGUCCAGUAAAUCAAUACAACCUAGACAUUGGAAGCGGAUAUCUGACACAACAAAGCAUAACUUUAAUAUAGAAUCAGAAUCAUUCUCUCUGAAAAAUGUCAUGGAUGCUCCACUGCUUCAAUUUAAAGAUGAUAUUGAGGAUAUUUGCAUAUCCUCUGUGAAAGAGAAGGACAUUGAGGCAAAGUUGACUCAAGUGAUACAGACCUGGACCAGUCAGAUCCUAAGUUUCUCAACAUUUAAGAACCGAGGUGAGCUGCUGCUCAAGGGAGUGGAGACAACAGAAAUCAUAACCAUGUUGGAGGACAGUUUGAUGAUCUUGAACUCUUUACUCAGCAACAGGUAUAAUGCUUACUAUAAGAAAGACAUUCAGACAUGGGUGCACAAUUUGACAGCAUGCACAACUAUAAUUGAACAGUGGCUUUUAGUUCAAAAUCUGUGGAUUUACCUAGAGGCUGUCUUUGUUGGAGGAGAUAUUGCCAAACAGUUGCCACAGGAAGCAAAGCGUUUUCAAAAUGUUGAUAAAUCAUGGGUCAGAAUUAUGCAGCGGGCACAGGAAAUUCCAGUUGUGGUUCAGUGCUGCGUAGGAGAUGACACUAUGGGGCAGCUUCUGCCUCACUUACAAGAGCAACUGGAAGUCUGUCAAAAAUCUCUCACAGGAUAUUUAGAAAAGAAGAGAUUGCUAUUUCCUCGAUUCUUUUUUGUCUCUGAUCCAGCUUUACUGGAAAUCCUAGGUCAAGCCAGUGAUUCACAUACCAUCCAGGCCCACUUAGCAGGAGUGUUUGAUAAUGUAAAUGAAGUAAUUUUCCAUCCAAAGGAUUACGAUACCAUUUUGGCUGUUGUUUCUAGGGAAGGAGAAAAAAUUCAUUUGGAUACCCCAGUAAUUGCUAAGGGCCCUGUGGAACUAUGGUUAAGUGAGUUACUGCGUGUCCAACAAGCAUCGUUACACACUGUGAUUAAAUUAGCAUACUACAGUUUCAGUGAACCAGAAUUCCAGCUGAUACCAUUCCUCUAUAAGGCUCCUGGUCAGGUUGGAAUACUAGCAAUCCAAAUACUUUGGACUCGGGAUUCAGAAGAAGCACUUAACAUGGCAAAAGAUAGCAAAAAGAUCAUGCAGGCAACAAAUCAGAAGUUUUUGGAUAUGCUGAACUCACUCAUCAGCCAAACAACUCAUGACCUGACUAAGUUUCAGAGAAUCCAGUUUGAAACUCUUGUUACCAUCCAUGUUCACCAGCGGGACAUUUUCGAUGAUUUGGUCAAAAUGCAUAUCAGAACAGUGAAUGACUUUGAAUGGUUGAAACAAAGUCGCUUUUAUUUCCGAGAAGAUGCACAAGAAGUAAGAGUGAAUAUCACUGAUGUGGAAUUUAUUUAUCAGAAUGAAUUUCUUGGCUGCACAGAUCGUCUAGUUAUCACACCUUUAACAGACAGAUGCUACAUCACCUUAGCUCAAGCUUUGUGGAUGAAUAUGGGAGGUGCCCCUGCUGGGCCUGCUGGUACUGGCAAAACAGAGACUGUGAAGGACAUGGGCAAAGCUCUUGGAAAAUAUGUUGUGGUGUUCAAUUGUUCAGACCAAAUGGAUUUCAGAGGAUUAGGAAGGAUCUACAAAGGUCUGGCACAGUCUGGAUCCUGGGGCUGUUUUGAUGAAUUUAAUCGCAUCGAGCUGCCUGUGUUAUCUGUGGCAGCACAACAAAUUUAUAUUAUUCUUAUUGCACGGAAAGAAAGAAAAAAAAUGUUUAUCUUCACUGAUGGAGAUAGUGUAUCACUUAACCCAGAGUUUGGCAUUUUUAUCACAAUGAAUCCUGGAUAUGCAGGACGCCAAGAGCUGCCAGAAAAUCUAAAAAUACAGUUUCGGUCAGUGGCCAUGAUGGUUCCAGAUAGACAGAUCAUUAUAAGAGUCAAGCUUGCUAGUGUUGGAUUUUUGGAUAACAUAAUGCUAGCACAAAAAUUCUUUGUGCUUUACAAACUCUGUGAAGAACAGCUGACAAAGCAGGUUCAUUAUGACUUUGGUUUGAGAAAUAUUCUUUCCGUACUGAGGACACUGGGAGCUCAGAAGAGAGCGCGACCAGAAGACAGUGAGUCAACAAUCGUCAUGAGAGUUUUGAGAGACAUGAAUCUAUCUAAAUUGGUGGAUGAAGAUGAACCUCUCUUCUUAAGCUUGAUCAAUGACCUGUUCCCAGGUAUACAAUUGGAUAGUAGCACCUAUGUGGAACUGCAGGCAGCUGUUUCAAAUCAAGUGGAAAUUGCAGGAUUAGUUAAUCACCCACCAUGGAAUCUGAAACUUGUUCAGCUGUUUGAAACAGCCAGAGUUCGUCAUGGACUGAUGACACUGGGUCCUAGUGGUUCUGGAAAGACUUGCGUAAUUCGCAUCCUCAUGCAAGCAAUGACUGAAUGUGGAGCCCCUCAUCGGGAGAUGCGCAUGAAUCCCAAGGCUAUUACUGCUCCACAGAUGUUUGGCCGAUUGGAUACUGCAACAAAUGACUGGACUGAUGGAAUCUUCUCAACUCUUUGGAGGAAAUCCAUCAAAUCAAAAAAAGGUGAGAAUAUCUGGAUCGUUCUGGAUGGCCCAGUGGAUGCUAUUUGGAUAGAAAAUUUAAAUUCUGUACUGGAUGACAAUAAGACCUUAACACUGGCUAAUGGUGACCGUAUUCCAAUGGCUCCUUCUUGCAAAUUAUUGUUUGAAGUACACAACAUUGAGAAUGCAUCUCCAGCCACAGUGUCCAGGAUGGGGAUGGUCUACAUCAGCUCUUCUGCUCUCAGUUGGAAGCCAAUCUUAAAGGCUUGGUUAAACAAACGUCCCCCUCAUGAAGCUGAGAUUCUACAAGCCUUGUAUAACAAAGCCUUUGAAGAUAGUUAUGUGUACAUGAAAUUAAACCUUUAUCCAGUGAUGGAGCUGUUGGAAUGUAACUACAUAAUGCAGUCAAUUACCCUUCUAGAUGGUUUGCUGGAUUCUGGAGUGACUAUUACUGAAGUGCAUCUGGAGCGUAUCUUUGUAUUUGGACUUAUGUGGAGUGUUGGUGCCCUACUGGAAGGCGAAAGCAGAAUUAAACUUGAGAAAUUUUUACGAAGCCAUAACAGCAAACUUGACUUACCUAUUAUUCCUGCAGAUGCCAAUGAAACCAUAUUUGAGUAUCUUGUUAAUCAGAAAGGUGAAUGGGAGAACUGGAAAAUAUGGGUCCAAGAGUAUCUCUACCCAGCUGAUAGAGAGCCAGACUAUAAUUCAAUUCUAGUACCAAAUGUUGACAAUAUCAGGACUAACUUCCUUGUAGAUACCAUAGCAAAGCAGUAUAAGGCAAUACUUCUGACUGGGGAACAAGGAACUGCAAAAACAGUCAUGAUUAAAGGUUAUUUGAAGAAGUAUGACCCAGAGGAACAUCUGUCCAAAUGUCUGAAUUUCUCUUCUGCCACAGAGCCCUACAUGUUCCAGAGAACUAUUGAAAGUUAUGUGGAAAAACGAGUGGGAAGUACCUGUGGACCUCCUGGUGGACGGAAAAUGACAAUAUUCGUUGAUGAUAUCAACAUGCCAGUUAUCAAUGAGUGGGGAGAUCAGAUUACUAAUGAAAUAGUUCGUCAGAUGGUGGAAAUGCAAGGAAUGUAUAACUUAGACAAACCAGGAGACUUUACUAAAAUUGUUGAUGUGCAAUUAAUGGCUGCAAUGAUUCAUCCAGGAGGCGGACGCAAUGACAUUCCUCAGCGGCUAAAGCGGCAGUUCACGAUCUUCAACUGUACACUCCCGACUAACUCUUCCAUUGAUAAAAUCUUUGGAGUUAUUGGGAAUGGAUAUUUUCAGUCUUCUCGAAACUUCACCCCUGAAAUUUGUAGAGUGAUAACAAAACUUGUAGCCACCAGCAGGAUCCUCUGGCAGUGGACAAAGGUGAAAAUGCUACCUACUCCAGCUAAAUUUCAUUACAUCUUUAAUCUGAGGGACCUGUCUCGCAUCUGGCAGGGAAUGCUGACCAUAAAAUCCAGUGAAUGCUCUGAUCUAGAGACACUGCUGGCAUUAUUCAAACAUGAAUGUACUAGGGUUAUUGCUGACAGGUUUAUAAGUGAAGAGGAUAAACUGUGGUUUGAAAAUGCAAUAACCCAGUGUUUUGAAGACAAUCUCGGAAAAGAUUUGUCAGAAAAGCUUCACAAAGAGCCAUACUUCGUUGAUUUUCUUCGUGACAUGCCAGAACCAACUGGUGACGAACCUGAAGAUUAUGUAUUUGUUGUUCCAAAAGUCUAUGAACUGGUGCCAGACUUUGAAUUCCUGACUGAGAAGUUGCAGUUUUAUCAGGCACAACAUAAUGAAGGUGUCCGAUCAGGAUAUCUCGAUCUGGUCUUCUUCAAAGAUGCAAUGAUGCACCUGAUGAAAAUAUCUCGUAUAAUUCGAACAGAUUGUGGAAAUGCUUUGCUGGUUGGAGUUGGUGGUUCUGGAAAACAAAGCUUAACAAAGUUGGCAUCCUUCAUUGCUGGAUACAAAAUCUUUCAGAUCACUUUAACAAGAGCAUAUAAUGCUGGCAAUCUGAUGGAUGACUUGAAGAUACUGUACAAAACAGCUGGAGCAGAAGGGAAGGGUAUCACUUUCAUAUUCACUGAUAAUGAAAUCAAGGAAGAGUCAUUUCUUGAAUAUCUCAACAACGUGCUCUCUUCAGGAGAGGUGUCAAACUUAUUUGCACGGGAGGAGCUUGAUGAGAUUACUCAGUCACUUAUUGCACCGAUGAAGAAAGAAGCUCCUCGUAUUCCUCCCACUUUUGACAACCUAUAUGAAUAUUUUAUAAAAAGAGCACGGAGGAAUUUACAUGUCGUCCUCUGCCUAUCACCGGUUGGUGAAAAAUUUCGAUCUCGAGCACUCAAGUUCCCUGGCCUGAUUUCAGGCUGCACAAUGGACUGGUUCAGUCGUUGGCCUGGAGAGGCUCUGGUUGCUGUCUCCAGCUAUUUUCUUUCUGGUUUUCAUAUUGUUUGUUCAGAGGAGGUUAAAAACCAUCUGGUAGCAACAAUGGGUGUCUUUCAUGACAAAGUCUAUCAAACCUGUGAGGACUAUUUUCAAAGAUACCGGAGAAGAACACAUAUAACUCCCAAAUCUUACCUUGCUUUUAUAAAUAGCUAUAAAUCUAUUUACACAGAGAAACAUGCGAACAUCAACGAUCUUGCUGAGCAUAUGCAAAUGGGUCUCUCCAAGCUCAUGGAAGCAACUGAGUCAGUGGCUCUUCUCGCUAAAGAACUAGUAGGGAAAGAAAAGGAACUGGCCGUGGCAUCUCGUAAUGCUGAUAAGGUGCUAGGAGAGGUGAGAGUGAGUGCAGAAGCAGCAGAGAUAGUCAAAAAUGAAGUCCUAAUGGUGAAAGAUAAAGCCCAGAAGAUUGUGGAUGAAAUAGCAGUGGAAAAAAAUGUUGCAGAGGGUAAACUUACAGCUGCAAAGCCUGCACUAGAAGCUGCAGAGGCAGCUCUGAAUACUAUUAAGCCUGCUGACAUUGCCACUGUGCGUAAAUUAGCCAAGCCACCUCACCUGAUAAUGAGGAUUCUCGACUGUGUUCUGGUUCUCUUCCAAAAGAAAAUGGAUAUGGUUACUAUGGAUCCAGAGAGGCCCUGUGUCAAGCCUUCCUGGGGAGAGUCUUUGAAGCUGUUGAGUGGCACUGGAUUCCUACAAGCCCUGCAGCAGUUCCCAAAGGACACCAUCAAUGAUGAAACAGUGGAACUGCUCCAGCCGUAUUUCAUUAUGGAGGAUUAUACAUUUGAAAAUGCAAAGAAAGUUUGCGGAAAUGUUGCUGGUUUGUUGUCCUGGACUCAGGCUAUGGCUGCCUUUUUUGCCAUCAACAAAGAAGUGCUGCCUCUAAAGGAUAAUUUGGCAGUACAGGAAAAUCGACUCCAAGGGGCCAUGAAGCAGUUAGGAAUUGCCCAGGCUCAGCUAGAUGAGAAACAAGUUGAGCUGGACAAGGUGCAGGCCAAGUUUGAUGCUGCCAUGAAAGAGAAAAUGGAUCUGUUAGAAGAUGCAGAAAACUGCAAAAGAAAAAUGGAUGCUGCAUCAGCUCUGAUAGAUGGUCUGAGUGGGGAGAAAAUCAGAUGGACUGAUCAAUGCAAGGAGUUUAAAGCACAAAUUGUCAGGCAAGAAAUGGUGGGUGAUGUCCUGUUGGCAACUGGUUUCCUCUCAUAUAGUGGUCCCUUCAAUCAAACUUUCAGAGAUAUACUGACCAAAGUAAUCUGGGAAGCAGAACUACGGCAAAGGAGGAUUCCAUACACAGAUGGUAUAAACCUGAUAAACUUCCUGGUGGAUCAGCCUACGAUCGGUGAGUGGAACCUGCAAGGAUUGCCAAAUGAUGACUUGUCAGUUCAGAAUGGCAUUAUUGUUACUAAAGCAACCAGAUAUCCACUUCUCAUUGACCCUCAGACACAGGGUAAAUCCUGGAUCAAGAGGAAGGAGCAAGACAAUGAACUACAGGUAACAUCACUUAAUCACAAGUAUUUUCGCAAUCAUUUGGAGGAUUCUUUAUCACUUGGACGUCCUUUACUUUUGGAAGAUAUACAGGAGGAAUUGGACCCUGCUCUGGAUAAUGUGUUGGAGAAAAACUUCAUCAAAAGUGGGACCACUUUUAAGGUGAAAGUGGGGGAUAAAGAAACUGAGGUAAUGUCUGGAUUCAUGUUGUAUAUCACCACAAAACUUCCUAAUCCUGCCUACACUCCAGAAAUCAGUGCCAAAACAUCCAUCAUUGACUUCACUGUAACCAUUAAGGGUCUUGAGAACCAACUGCUUGGCCGAGUGAUCCUUACUGAGAAACAGGAACUAGAAGCAGAGCGGGUGCAACUGAUGGAGGAAGUCACUGUCAACAACCGUAAAGUGAAGGAACUGGAGAAUAACCUACUAUUCAAGCUCAGCUCUACCAAAGGUUCACUAGUGGAAGAUGAGUCUGUGAUUGAAGUCCUGCAGACAACAAAGGCAACAGCAACUGAAGUCAGUGAAAAGCUGUAUGUGGCAGCAGAGACAGAGAUAAAAAUUAACGCUGCACAAGAAGAAUACCGGCCAGCAGCCACUCGUGGUAGUAUCCUGUAUUUCCUCAUCACAGAAAUGAGCAUGGUCAACAUGAUGUACCAGACCUCACUAGCACAGUUUCUGAAAUUAUUUGACCAGUCCAUGGCCAGAUCUAAGAAAUCUCCUGUUGCUUCGAAGAGAAUCAGCAACAUUAUUGACUACCUGACCUAUGAAGUGUUUAAGUAUUCAGUACGCAGCCUUUAUGAAACACAUAAAUUCCUUUUCACACUUCUGCUGCCUCUGAAGAUUAACCUUGAACGUGGAUCUAUAAAGCACACUGAAUUUCAGACUUUAAUAAAAGGUGGAGCCGCUCUCGACCUUAAAGCCAGCCCACCAAAGCCUUUCCGCUGGAUCCUUGACAUGACCUGGUUGAAUUUGGUCGAGCUGAGCAAACUCUCCCAUUUUUCAGAGAUACUGACCCAGAUAAGUAAAAAUGAGAAGCUUUGGAAAGUCUGGUUUGAUGAAGAAGCACCAGAAGAUACAAUAAUUCCAAAUGGAUACAGUGACUCAUUGGAUUCUUUUGGCAAGCUGUUGCUUAUCAGAUCAUGGUGUCCUGAUCGAACACUCUCACAAGCUCGAAACUUUAUUUCUGACUCAAUGGGAGAAAAAUAUGCCGAGCCGGUGAUUUUAAACUUGGAGACAACUUGGGAAGAAAGUGAUGUGCGAACUCCUCUGAUCUGCCUCCUAUCCAUGGGAUCAGAUCCUAGCAAUCAGAUUGAAGGACUGGCCAAGAGGCUUGAAAUUGAUUGUCGGGCAAUAUCCAUGGGUCAGGGACAAGAAGUUCAUGCCAGAAAGCUGGUGGCAAUGUCCAUGCAACAGGGUGGAUGGGUCUUACUGCAAAACUGCCACUUAGGUCUGGAGUUUAUGGAUGAGCUGCUGGAGACCCUCACAACAAGCGAGAAUGUGAAUGAAUCUUUCCGAGUGUGGAUCACCACUGAACCACAUCCGAAGUUCCCAAUCACACUGCUACAGACAUCCAUCAAGUUCACCAAUGAACCGCCUCAAGGUGUGCGUGCAGGACUGAAAAGAACAUUUACUGGGAUCACACAAGACCAAAUAGAGUAUUCCAGCCUGCCCAUGUGGAAACCACUACUAUAUGCAGUUGCCUUCCUGCAUACCACUGUCCAGGAACGGCGAAAGUUUGGUCCACUGGGUUGGUGUAUUCCAUAUGAAUUUAACUCCUCAGAUUUCACAGCCAGUAUCCAGUUCAUACAGAAUCACCUGGAUGACUGUGAUAAAAAGAAGGGUGUGUCAUGGAAUACUAUACGGUACAUGCUUGGAGAAGUUCAGUAUGGGGGACGUGUUACAGAUGACUUUGACAAACGACUACUUAACUGCUUUACCAAGGUGUGGUUCAACGAGAAAAUGUUUGAUCCCAAAUUCAGUUUUUAUACUGAUUAUAUUAUUCCAAUAUGUCCGAACAUUGAGAGCUAUCUGGAAUAUAUCCAAACUCUACCCAUCACUGAUACUCCUCAGGUGUUUGGCCUUCAUCCAAAUGCUGACAUCACGUACCAGAGUAACACUGCAGCUGAAAUUCUCAACACUAUCACCAAUAUCCAGCCAAAAGAAAGUGGUGGAGGAGGGGGUGAGACGAGAGAAGCCACUGUCUUCAAACUCGCUGAGAGUAUGCUGAAAAAGCUGCCUCCAGAUUAUGUGGCACAUGAGGUGAAAGCUCGCCUCAUAAAAAUGGGGAUACUGAAUUCUAUGAAUAUUUUUUUGCGUCAAGAAAUUGACCGAAUGCAGAAGGUUAUUACAAUGCUUCGUAAUUGUUUGAGUGAUUUAAAACUGGCUAUAGAGGGAACUAUCAUCAUGAGUGAGGAUUUAGUUGAUGCUUUGGACAACAUGUAUGAUGCCCGUGUCCCUCAGGGGUGGAAGAGAAUUUCCUGGGCUUCCUCUACCCUGGGAUUUUGGUUCACAGAUCUCCUCGAGAGAAAUGCACAAUUCUCUACCUGGAUCUUUGAGGGUAGACCUAAUGUCUUUUGGAUGACAGGGUUCUUCAAUCCCCAGGGAUUCUUAACUGCAAUGAGACAAGAAGUAACACGAGCACAUAAAGGUUGGGCACUGGAUAGUGUUACUCUCCACAAUGAAGUAACAAAACUGAUGAAAGAAGAGAUCAAAGUGGCACCUAUGGAAGGUGUCUACAUCUAUGGCCUUUACUUGGAUGGAGCAGGCUGGGACAGGAGAAACAUCAAACUGACUGAAUCUGUUGCCAAGGUUCUUGUUACAAUGCUACCCAUCAUCUAUAUAUUUGCCAUCAAUUCCACAACACCAAAAGACCCUAAACUGUACAUCUGUCCGGUCUAUAAAAAACCCCAACGCACAGACCUGACAUUCAUCACUACUCUUUGCCUGAAAACUAUCCAGCCACCUGACCACUGGGUCCUAAGAGGGGCAGCCUUGCUCUGUGAUAUCAAGUAA